AUGGUCGCUCAAGCUUCUUCUUCCUCCGCGACCCCUCGAAAUAAGCUGGUGAUCAGACGAUUACCACCUACUUUGCCUGAGGAGCUAUUCUGGAACUCGGUAUCGACAUGGAUAAAUGAUAAGACAUGCCUGUGGAAAAGGUAUAUAAAGGGAAAAGUGGGUGAUGGAGGCUACGAUUCUCAUCCCGUGCACUCAAGAGCAUACGUACUUAUGGCUAGUCCAGAUGCUCUUGUAGAAUUCGUUCGAGGAUUUGAUGGACACGUAUUUAAAGCCAAAACCGGAGCCGAAUAUCAAGCUGUAGUCGAGUUUGCACCAGUCCAGAAAACACCUUACAAAGCCAAAGUUAAGGUCGAUGCAAGACAAGGCACUAUUGAUGAGGAUCCCGAUUACCUAUCAUACUUGGAGAGUCUGAAAGCAGAACCUGUUAAGCCAAUCUUAGAGGUGUCUGCACCCCAAGCUCAACCCACCACCACACCACUGCUAGAACAUCUUCGAGCUCAAGGCAAAAACAAAAAAUCAAAAUCAUCUUCCAAAUCCGCCGCUUCUUCAUCAUCUGCUAAUGAGUCGGCUCGUCGUGCAGCUGCGUUAGCAAGUGUCACAGCGGCAGCUACCAAACGUGCCGCUCAAGCUGGUUCUGGUCCGGUGAUGGUAGCUGGAAAAGGUAGAGAAGUACAUAUCGCUUCUCCCGUCCCCGAAUCUGGCACAACCACUCCGCAAGGACAAGGUGAUGGAGAGAAUAAGAAGAAAGGUAGAAAUAGGAAAAAGGGGAAGAAAGAUGGUGAACCAGGGGGAAAACCCACAUCCGAGCAAGGUCAAGGUCCAGCUCCUCAGACUACUGCAAAAAGUCAAGCUGGAGGCAAAUCAACGUCGUCACAAGCUCCCAAGCAGGAUGGAGGACGAUCAACGCCUUCCAGCGGUGCAAGAAAUACAUCAGACAGUGCUGGACCUAAAUCCAAUAAGGGUGGUAGAGGCGAUGGUGCAGGGAAAGGUGGAGAUAACAACACAAGAACCGAUGGAGGAGGAAGAGGUGGUGGUGGUGGUGGUGGUGGAAGAGGUCGAGGGAAAGACAGAUCUGGUAAAGCUCGAGUCAUGGAGAUCCUUACGAGAAACUCAGCUGGACCUGGUACGUCAGCGAAAGGUGGUCGAGGCGGAAAUGCAGCUGGAACAGGUGGAAAUGGUAGAGGUGGUUCCGUCCAAUCCGAUGCCGGAGCUUCACGAGCACGAAUCGACGUGCCUUGA